CGAAACCCCAUGAGCGCUGUACACAGAUAAUAUGCUUUCUAUGCCGAGGUAUCCCGCAUCGUCGCAGGCCUUCGCCAGCCCAGUCAGGGGUUCAAUGAGAAAUGAUUCGGGAACUUCUCGCUUACCAGCGAGAACAAGUACCCAGCUAUGGAUGCGAAGUCCAUACAGUUCUUCCAACUCGGACACUGGGGAACAUAAUAGUGUCAUGCAAAAGCUAUCAGAAGGAGACUACACUGGUGUGCUAGUAGACACUUACAACAUCUUGGUGCCUUACCUAUCAGCUGAUGCUCCGAUCACCGAUAAGUUGAAUCAUGGAUUGCAACAAUAUCUUGAUGCAGAUGGUGAUGAGAGACCUAUGAGGGAGAGAAGGCUUAUAUUCGCUGCGAUAGCUGCAAUGAAUUUGUUUAUACAGAACAACUGGACAGGUCCCCCAUCCCAGUCACGCCCAUGUGACACAUUACCUAUAUUGUUUGGUCCUAACACACUGGCUGGAGAUAUCCGAUGUCAAGUGUUGAAAUUACUGGCUGUGGACGGAAACCCCAUCUAUCAGCUUGUAGUCUUUCCCGAGUACUUCUAUUUUGCAAGGAUGGUAUUAGUCUCAAGCCAACAGCUGUUAAAGCAUACAUGCUGUGAGCUGUUGUCGGUCAGGUGUUUGUGGCUUCAUCAACAGCUGCUUGAUGAGCAAGCAUCCGUCAUCAAGAAUGAAAUCUUAGCCCUCAUAGAAUCUGUGUCAUCAAAGGAGUCGAUAAUGACUGGUGGCGAGAGCAGGCAAAUUGAGGAGUUCCACAUAGAGGCUGGCCAUAUAUGUCUGUACUAUUAUGAGUACAAAAAAGCUAAAAGCCAUUUUUUGGCUAGCACCAAAUUGCUUGGAAUGGAGCUAGACUUUACUGGUGCGCUGGGGAAAAGAACAAAGUUUCAGCAGUUUGAUAUUACACAGUUAGUGCUUAAUAUUAAGCAUUUAGCAGCAUCUGCUGGAAGAGUCAGUGACCUGGAACAAUGUGCAAAUCCUGAGCGAUUACCAAAAGAUGUUAUCCUAGAAGAUGACACUCUGUUGAGUGCUGUGAAGCUCACCGAUUCAUCUGAAUCUCUUGUCACGAACUUGACUGGCACUGAGCAGGCGCUUUUGCUAGGGCUGUGUGCCCAAGUUAAGAAAACAAGUCCUGCAGACAAGCUACGCAGUGAAGAGUUGGGAGCAUUUCUAACUUGUGUUUUGUCGUCGCCAAAGGUGUGGGCGACCCAGUUCAUGGGCUUGUUGCUACGGUCACAGCUGGAGAGUGACAGCAGACGCAGGGCAGAGCGGAGCAUGAUGCAGCUACAGGCACUCGUUGAUGCAGUAGGAGAUGAAAUAUGUCCCGUUCAAGAGAAGCUGAGACUGUUCCAUGCAGUCUGCCUUCCACCGAAAUGGUUGGUGGAGAAGGUGUUGGCGAAUCUGCUUCUCAAACUUGGCUCUGUGGCGUCUGCUUUGGAAAUCUUUGAGAGACUUCAGUUGUGGGAUGACGUCAUUGCCUGUCUGCAGCAGCUGGGAAGGAGAGAACAGGCAGAGAAGAUCGUGCGUAAACAGUUAGCUGAGGAUGAGACUCCCAUGCUGUGGUGCAUUCUGGGAGAUCUCACUCGCGACGCGCAGUAUUACGAUAAGGCAUGGGAGAUGUCCGGUCACAGGAGUGCGCGCGCCCAACGAUCUCUUGGUUUCCUGCAUCUAGCAAAAAAAGAGUAUGCUGACUGUGUUCCCUGCUUCCAAAAAUCGGUUGAGGUCAAUCCACUACAGAGCUCAGUGUGGUUCUCUCUGGGUUGCUCAGCACUCUUCACCCGGCAGUACGAGCUGGCUGCGACGGCUCUGAGACGCUGUGUGACACUCGACCCUGAGAAUUCAGAGGCCUGGAAUAAUCUGUCUUCCGUUUAUAUCAAAUUACAUCAAAAGUCAAGGGCACAUAAGACAUUGCAAGAGGCUUUGAAAUUGAGCUUUGAAAACUGGAAGAUAUGGGAAAAUUACCUAUUGGUCAGCAUAGAUUGUGGAGAGUUCGAGGAAGUCAUCAAUGCCCUGCAUCGACUCACGGAUAUUAAAGAAAAGUACACAGAUACGGAGGUGCUGAGGAUUCUGAUAACGGCAAUCACUGAUGGGACGAAUAACAGUCAGGGCGAAUCUGCCUCCAGACUCAAACCUAAGGCCUUGGAACUUAUGGGCAAAAUGACAUCACAAGUUACAAACAACCCGGUCAUGUGGGGGCUGUAUGCACAGCUGACACAGAGUGGGGAUGAGGGCGAUGCACCAGAGAGUAAGGAUAAGGCACUGAACUUUCUACAAAAGGCCCACAGAUGUGCCACACAUACGUUGGGAUGGGAGAAGGGUGCUGAAUCCAGGACGCAGGUGUGCCAGUUUGCAGGCAGGCUGGCUACAGCCUACUUGGACUGCAGCACCCUUAGGCCGGCUGAUGCAAUGCAGUUGUUGUCGUCUGCUAAACUCAUGCUCAGGGGAGUCAUUGCCAAAGUCAGACAACAUGGAUCUAUAAUCGGCGAAACGGAAGAGAAUCUAGCUGCCAGUCUGGAAGAUCUGGAGCAGCAGCUUAAGGAGAUCUUAUCUCGGCUGGAACGUCUCAGGACUAACCCCACGAGCUGAUGUCUGCACUUCGCCGCUGUCAUGCUCCACCGGAGUGCGGAUUUCCCCACGAUUGACAGUCUGUGUGUAGGUGGACAAUCUCAGCGUUUGCGAGGUCGCAGGUAAUGUAAUGUUCGCUGCCGGGGGACAAUGCUGGCAACAUUCCAUCUGAAACUCGUAUAAGUAAAGAUUAUAAUUUACAUCAACGUCUGCAAUGUCAAUCUGCAAUGGCAGUAAAUGUUGUCAUCAGCACCACUAGCUAUUCUAUACUGUCUGGGGACGCAGCCUAGAACAUAACAAAUGACAUAAUGAAAGUACAGAAAUAGGUCUGAGCUAUGUUUGUAUGCUGCAAUUUCGUAUUUUUGAAGAGCGGGAAAAAUUUAGAAAUUAAAAAUAUUUAAUUUCAUCAUGUUCUGAAGUAAUGUGCUGCAAAAAAAGUUACUUAAUUCAAUCAGGUGCUUUCUGUAUCGUACUGAAAAAAUCAUUUUGUAUCAUAGUGAUACCAUUUAGUUGAGAAUAAAUGAAAUUAUACUCUAUAAUGAAGAA